AUGGUCGCCCCACGGAACGCCGUACAUGCGGAAGAGAGUGCGGAGGUGGAGGUGCUUUAUGCAGAUUUAGAAAAGCUUAAUGCCCUGACAAAGAAAAUCCAAGGCUCAUUAUCACGUCUUGAAGCAAGUGGAAAGGUGGUCAAAGAUGCCAUAGGUCCUAUUUACAACAAUACCCAGGGCCUACAGGUCACCAACAACAAUAUUGACAAGAUAAACGAGGCCAUAGAUAGGCUUCGCCGACCAUUAGAUGUUAAGGGAAAGGAGGAGGCCAUUAUUCGCGCUGGACCGCAGAAUGCUGGAUUACCACAAUACCUCGGCGCUCUUAACCGCAUUGCCAUUGCACUUACAGAUCUCCAGGCUACCAAAAUUCGCUCCAAUCAAAAAGCGAUUUCUGAAUUCAGUACUCUUCUCGCAACAGGUAGCGCUCAAGUGCAAGACCUUUACCGCUCCAUCCUACGAGCAAAUGUUGGAACUAUAGAGCCACUACAUUACUUAACUAAACAACUUCCCUUUCCCUCCAUACCGGAAGAUAGAAUCCAAGACUUAGCACCACUUUGCACAGCAAUUUCAAAUGUGUCGAAGGGGAUCCCUUCAAAUGACCCGAAUGAAAACCCUGCGAUUACAAUUUAUGCCGAAACUCGCGGCCCUUACGUCACCUCUAGCUUGCAAAAUCUCGCGACAGCGUCCAUUAGUACGGCAAAACGACGCCCCACGGAUGGACCUUAUAAACAAGGAACGAACGGCAUUAGCGUCUAUGCGAGUGGCAUAGAGGGAAUGGUUGUGGCAGAGAAUGAAAAUGUGCUUGGUGUCUUCCCACCUGCUUACCAGGGUAAAGCAUUACAAGCCACCUGCCGAUUUGCCCUAGCAGAAUUCUCAAAAACACUAAGAGAAUUGAACAUGUAUAUCAAAAACAAUCUCAUGACGGAUUGCUUCCUUGCUUUUGAAAUUAUUGAAAUUGUUACGUCCUUGUCAUACCGACUCGACUCAAAGACUGGAGAGUUGAAAAAUCUUUUUUUUGAAGCGCUUAGGCCUGUAAGGGAGACCGCUAAGUCGUCUCUUUCCGAAAUUCUGGAAGAAACCCGACGAAAAGCGUCUAAUCUUGCUGUUCUCCCUAAUGAUGCAGCACCGGUACCCCUAGUGAAUGAGGUCAUGAGUACCUUAGCUACCCUGACUGCCUACUCUGCACCGUUAGCUUCUAUUCUCACCUCCCUUGGAGAUGGGAACUGGAAACCAGCGGGCUCCAACACCAACGCCCCCCUUGAUGUUAACCCAGAUAGCUCAACAAUCCUCUCCCAUUUCAUCCUUGACAUGGUAGAAGCUCUGCUUUCGGCACUUGACCUCCGGGCGAGAAGUUUACUCCGAUCAAAGUCGACUAUUGGGGUGUUCCUUGCCAACUGUAUUUGCGUUGUUGACCGUUCUAUUCGCAAUAGCAGUGAGCUCUCGAGAUAUCUUUCUACUCCCCAAAAUGAGGCUCGGCUUGACGUAUGGCGAAAGAAAGCCGUGUCGACUUAUAUCGAUGCGUGGCGCGAGCCAUCUUCGCAGCUCCUUGACGUACAAUACACAAGCCGAGGUGCCCGCCCCACAUCCGGUGGACCCGUCGAUUCUACUGCCAUUGUUAAGUCACUCUCGUCAAAAGACAGAGAUGUCAUCAAAGACAAAUUUAAGGGCUUCAAUUCCUCCUUUGAAGAUCUUAUUGCGCGGCACCAAUCAUAUUACAUAGAACGCCAAGUUCGCACGGCCCUAGCUAAGGAGGUGCAGAGUCUCAUUGAGCCCUUGUACGCAAGAUUCUGGGAUCGAUAUCAUGAAAUUGACAAAGGCAAGGGAAAGUAUGUGAAAUAUGACAAGGGGGGGCUAGCAGCACAGCUAUCAGCCUUGAAUUAG